GCGAGUGGCGUUAAGUUGUGGAGCUUUUGAGAACGUCUUCGGCUUUAAACAUUUUAUUUUAUUUUAUUACUACUGUAGAUAAGUAUACCAGUAUCGUAUGUAUGGUAUAUCGUAUUUAUGGUAUUGUAUUGAAUUCUGGUAUCGGGUAUCAUGAUAUUUAUGGCAGGUAUCGUAUAGAAGUUAUAAUUUUAGGAUCGUGACAACCAGGUAGAGGAAAGAACAGAAUCACGGAACAGACUCACGGAACAGAAUCAUGGAACAGAAUCAUGGAACAGACUCAUGGAACAGAAUCACAGAACAGACUCAUGGAACAGAAUCAUGGAACAGACUCACGGAACAGACUCACGGAACAGACUCAAAGCUCAGCAGAGCACACUAGUAAAAAAAAAAGGAAGUUGGUUCAUGACUGGCUUUAACCAUAUUAUAUAUAAUGACAAUGUAAAGUUGUUAUUACUGUUAUUAGGGCCCGACCACUGAAUUAUUCAGAGGACCUUUUUUAUGUUUGUUUAUUAUUAUGUCGAUUUGCGGUCAGAACAAUCAAGACCGUAUAGUUAUAAAAGCUUUGAGGUGUCAUCAAACAACGUGGAUGUGAUGUGGCGACAAAAGAGUUACCUGCACCCACCCUGUUGUCACCUUUUUCACCCCUCAUGAGUUUGCAGGUUCAUGAUGAUGAGUCUGGAGUUUCACCAAUCUUGUCGUUACGACUUUGUGGAGGUCCGAGAUGGUGACAGCAUUGACUCGCGUGUUAUUGCUCGAUUCUGUGGGAACAACAGACCGGCCCUCGUUCAGAGCUCUGGUCCCAGUCUGCACAUACUCUUUGUGUCUGAUGGUUAUAAGAAUUUCGAUGGAUUCUUUGCCACUUUCCAGGAGAGCUCAGCGUGCAGCUCUUCUCCUUGCCUACAUGAUGGGACUUGUGUCCUGGACAGUUCUUACACGUACCACUGUGCCUGUCUGGCUGGCUACACAGGCAAGAGUUGUGAACACGUUGUUGGAUGCUGCAGGCCUCCAGUGCCCACCCAUGGAUUCACAGAGGGUUUGUUUCAUCACUCGGGAGCACGCAUAACUUUCCGUUGUGACCCUGGCUUUGAGCUGCGGGGUUUCCACACUGCCAUCUGCCUGAGCGAUGGCACCUGGAGUGUGUCUGCCCCAGAGUGUGUGCCAGUGGAAAUAGUCUGUACUCUUCCUCCCAAGCCAACACAUGGGGACCACUUCUUGGUUUAUGGACCCAAUGAUGUCCUCAUUGCUCUACAGUACCUGUGCUACCAGCCCCAUGAACUCAGUGGGAGCUCCCAGAGAGCCUGCCUCCCGAACAACACCUGGAGUGGGACUCCUCCCGUUUGCAACCAAGUGAAUAAUACUCUCACUGGAGAAGGAAAAGAGAAAGGUCAAGAAAACACAACUGGUGAAAAAGAAAGUGUUGGAGGGAGAGAUAUAAACACUGGGCACGACAAUACAACAGCAGUCGACAGAGAAGAUAAAUAUACGGGUACCGUUCCAGAGGAAACUGUGUCUGAGGGUGCGAAUGAAGGAGAGCUAGAGGAAAGAAAUACUGGAUCAGAGAAACCCACUGGAGGCAGCGAAGAUAAAGUGGAGAGUGAAGGUCCAGACAACAGCCUGAAUACAGUUGAAAUGAAUGAACCUGGGGUUGGGAGGCCACCUGAGGAAAAAGAAGGCAGUCCAGAGACAAACUUAGAUACAGAAAAGACAGAUAUCACAGAAGUAGUUGUGGUGAAAGACAAAGGACAAGAAGAGAAGGAAAGAAAAGAAGAGCAGGUGAAUGGAAAAAGAGAUUCGGACAAAGUCAGCCCGAAUGACACCAAGAUGAGAACGGCCAUCGUAGCUGAGGGUGACAACACAGUGGAGAUAUUUGACCUGGAAAUGACAAAGAACAACACGAUACGUCAGACAAAGAAUACACAGAAGGAAAAUAAUACCAUAGGUUCUCCAGAGCCGGGGAGGAAAGUCCUUCCCACUCGAGUCAACAUCACACAGUACAUGCACAGAGUGGGAACCGAGGAAGAUGGGAAACCAAAGGAAAAACCAACAAUUAAAGUGGACAAGAAAUUGAAGGAUUCUGCUGAGAGGGGGGGCAAAGAAAAAGAGAAAGAGGUCAACCAAAGCUUCACCGGGAAAAGCUGCCCACUUCUCUCUCGCCUCUACCAUGGCUACCACCAGCUGGUGCCUGGACUGGAGCCUGAAACAGUGGAAUUCUUCUGUAACCACUCGUAUGCGAUCAGUGGUAAUGCCCGACGUACCUGCCAGCCGAAUGGGACCUGGAGUGGUCAACAUCCCCUCUGUGUCAGAGCAUGCCGGGAGCCCAAAGUGUCGGAGCUGGUUAGACAAAGAGUUCUGCCACCUCAGGCCCCAUCCAGAAAGACACCUGUGCACAAGCUCUACUCUUCUGGGCUGGGCCGGCUGCUCCAGUCUGCGGGCCCCGCUAAAGACCCGCCAGUGCUUUCCCAGUUGCCCCGGGGCCUCCACCACCUUUACUCGCACAUAGAGUACGAGUGUGCCUCUCCUUUCUACCACCACGCUGGCAGUUCUCGCCGCACUUGCUUGAAGACUGGGAAAUGGAGUGGGCGCCAUGUGUCCUGUUCGCCAGUGUGUGGGAAGCAUCCGACCUUUGACCCAGAGAGGCCGACAGAGGCUCACUGGCCUUGGCUGGUAGCCAUCUACCGCCGAUUCACCAACGGAGCUGGGACCAAGGUGACCAAGGCAGACCGCCAGGCAGGGUCCCUGAAGGGGGACGUUGAAGCAGGAACUGGCCGCCACGACCGGGCUCCUGACUGGCAGCUGGUGUGCAGUGGGGCUCUGGUGAACCAGAAGAGGGUGGUGGUUGCGGCCCACUGUGUGACAGAGCUGGAGAAGGUGUAUCCUCUGGAUGCAGCCAAGAUCAAGGUGGUGGUAGGGAAGCAGUACCGUGACGACCACAGGGAAAGCAAAGGUCUGCAACACCUGAGGGUGGCCUCCGUUGUUGUUCAUCCAAACUACGAUCCCCAUAUUCUCGACUCUGACAUGGCUGUGGUCAAGUUAUUGGACAAAGCGCGGAUCGGGGAGAAGGUCCUGCCGCUCUGCCUCUCAGACAGCCAGGGAGAAGAAGUGACAUCUGGCCAAGGGCUUGUGACAGGCUGGUCUCCCCUGGCUGGUUCAAGUCUGGGUCCAGAUGAGAAGGCGAGGGUUGGGCUUGUUCACCUGGCUGAUGUCGUGCCCUGUGAGAGGCAGUAUGCUCGCAAUGACGUGCCAGUCAGCGUCACAGACAACAUGCUCUGUGCCAGCCACAAGCCUGACUACGGACCCUCCAACAUAUGUCCCUCUGACACGGGGGGCAUCCUUGUCCUCCCCGCCCUCUCCGAGAACCAAACCAGCCACAACCAGCAGCCCCCUCUCAGCUUGAGGCAGGGGGAGAGCAAAGGGCUGUGGAGACUCAUGGGACUGGUGAGCUUUGGCUAUGACCAAGGGGAGUGUAACCCUGACCUCUACACAGUCUACACACGUGUAGCUAACUUCAAAGACUGGAUCGAGAGCCACAUGAAAUGAAGAUGCUACUGUCUGACUGUUGCUUUCAUGCUUCUGACAUAUUUAAACACCUUUGUAUCUUACAGUCCUCUUUCCCUCAUGUUUGUCUGUUUUUUUCUUGGACCCGGGCAUUGUUUCAUUCACUGCAGGACAACACUGGAGACCACAGUGCUCUAACUGAAGGGGGUGCUAACACAUUAGAUGUGCCUGGCAUCAGAAAGCUUCAGUUCAGGUGAUUCAGUCUGAUGUUUCAGACUUGAAAGUGACCAGAAAGACAUUUCACGCCCCUGUCAGAAUUUGUAUUGUACUCAUUGGUAUGUAUAUACACUACCGUUCAAAAGUUUGGGGUCAUCCAGACAAUUUUGUGUCUUCCAUGAAAACUCACUUUUAUUUAUCAAAUGAAUUGAAAAUUGAAUAGAAAAUAUAGUCAAGACAUUGACAAGGUUAGAAAUAAUGAUUAAUAUUUGAAGUAUUAAUUUUGUUCUUCAAACUUCAAGCUCAAAGGAAGGCCAGUAUAGCUUAUAUCACCAGCAUAACUGUUUUCAGCUGUGCUAACAUAAUUGCACAAGGGUUUUCUAACCCUCCAUUAGUCUUCUAAGGCGAUUAGCAAACACAAUGUACCAUUAGAACACUGGAGUGAUAGUUGAUGGAAAUGGGCCUCUAUACACCUAUGGAGAUAUUUCAUUAGAAACCAGACGUUUCCACCUAGAAUAGUCAUUUACCACAUUAACAAUGUAUAGCGUGUAUUUUUGAUUUAUGUUAUCUUUAUUGAAAAAACAGUGCUUUUCUUUGAAAAAUAAAGACAUUUCUAAGUGAUCCCAAACUUUUGAACGGCAGUGUAUGUUGUAAUGUACUGAAUUAUUCUAUCAAUGCAUAUGACUGAAGAGCUGUACAUAUUGUAUCUAAAGACAAUCUUGAUGUUUUUUAAUAAAUAUAAUGUGGGUGUGGUAA